AUGCGAAUAGCCUCACUUUCGGCAGCAAGGAUGGCCAUUCAGCUCGUGCACCUUCCCGAGGUUGAACGCCUCAGUCCAGCUUGCAUCCGCAUUCUGGGCGGCAACCCUGGCAAAUUCACCCUGCAGGGCACCAAUACAUACAUCCUCGGUACUGGCUCCAAGAGGCUGCUCAUAGACACCGGUGAGGGGAAGCCUUCGUGGAUAGCAGCUAUCAAGAAGACUUUGGAAGAAGAGAAGGCUUCUAUCGCAAGCUCACUGAUCAGCCAUUGGCAUCAUGACCAUGUCGGCGGUAUCAGCCAGCUCCUGGACAUAUCACCAGAGACGAAGAUCUACAAAAACGAGCCAGAGAGCGGCCAGUCGGAAAUAUCAGAUGGCCAGAAUUUCAAGGUUGACGGAGCAAGCCUGACCGCAUUCCACACUCCCGGGCAUACGGUCGACCAUAUGGUCUUUGUAUUUGAGGAGGAAGACGCAAUGUUCACUGCAGACAAUGUCCUUGGCCAAGGUACAGCUGUUUUCGAGGAUUUGCAUACCUAUCUUGCCAGCUUGGCGCAGAUGAAGAAGCUCUUCAAGGGGAAAGCGUACCCAGGUCACGGCCCAGUAAUAGACGAUGGGCCAGCAAAAAUACAGGAGUACAUCAUGCAUCGACAACAACGCGAGAACCAAGUACUCGAGACGUUACGUUCGCCUAAUGCAAGCAGCGAGGAAGGUGCUGCGUGGGCGCCAAUGGAGCUGGUCAAGGUCAUAUAUGCGGAUGUACCCGAAAGUCUGCACCUGCCAGCUCAAGGAGGCGUGAUACAGAUACUCAAGAAGCUAGAAAAGGAAGGCAAGGUGUCGCAAGAGGGAGGGAGGUGGAGACUCAAGGAUAGAUCUACUCUAUAA